UCAACGGUCGUGAAAAUCGAGCAAAGCUCCGACACGGAAAACGGAAAAACCCAAACGCAGAAAAUUCGUCGAACGAAACGGAUUCCCGAACCGAGUGUGCAUUUCGCUGAGCGCAUAGCCAGUAUUUAAACGCAGUUCUGCCAAGUUAAUAGAAAAGAAGAUUUUCCAGAUUAAAAUUUAAGCGCAAUUGUGCGUCUGUGUGAGUGUGUGUGUGUGGAAAAUCCGCCCUUAACAGCAGCCAGGAAUUUUUUGGAGUCGCAAUCCCGAGAAGCUAAGCCAAGACAAACUUUGCAGGUAACCACGGACCCGGACACGGACACUUCGCCAGGUAAAUCCGCACGUUGAUGGCUGCCACCAAAAUCAUCGAUGCGCCGCGCAACGGCCACGAAAUGGCGCCACUGAACACACGGGCCCGGGGAGAUGGAACCCACGGAGUGACCAUCGUCCUCACAGCGCCGCAGCGCAACUCCGUGCAGUCGGUGGACAUCCCUGGCGGGGAGCCGGAGCGUGCCGCCUGGAGCGGCAAGAUGCAGUUCUUCCUCAGCAUCAUUGGCUACUCGGUGGGUCUGGGCAACAUCUGGCGCUUUCCCUACCUGUGCCAACAGAAUGGAGGAGGUGCCUUCCUGAUACCCUUCAUGAUUAUGCUGAUACUGGAGGGCAUACCCCUGUUUCUCAUUGAGCUGGGCAUUGGCCAGAGAAUGCGAUUGGGUGCGCUGGGCGUGUGGAACACUAUCCAUCCCUGGCUGGGAGGCAUUGGCAUCUCGUCGUGCAUUGUGACGCUAUUUGUGGCUCUCUACUACAAUGUGAUUAUCACGUGGGUGUUCUUCUACCUCUUCAAUAGUUUUCGGUACCCACUGCCCUGGUCCACCUGUCCCACAAACAGCACGGGCUUCGAGCUGGAGGAGUGCGCCAAGUCCUCGGAGACGACGUACUUCUGGUACCGCACCACCCUGGAUGCCGCUCCGUCCAUGGACGAGCCCGGCGGCCUGAAGUGGUGGAUCGUGCUCUGCCUGCUGCUCUCCUGGACCAUUGUCUUCUUCAUCGUGAUGAAGGGCAUCCAGAGCUCCGGCAAGGUGGUCUACUUCACCUCCCUGUUCCCCUACAUCGUGCUGACCAUCUUCUUCAUACGCGGCAUUACGUUGCGCGGCGCCGGGGCCGGGUUGAUGCACAUGUACACGCCGAAGGUGGAGAAGCUACUAGAGCCGACGGUCUGGCUGGAUGCGGCCACCCAGGUCUUUUACUCAUUUGGCCUGGCCUUUGGGUCCCUGAUAGCCUUCGGCAGCUACAACACGCCCAAGAACAACUGUGUGCGGGACGUCCUGCUGGUGUCCGUCUGCAACGCCGUCACCGCCAUCUAUGCCAGUGUCGUCAUCUUCGCCAUUCUCGGUUUCAAGGCCACCGUCAACGUGGACCGCUGCAUAGCCAGCAACACGGAGAUCCUGGUGAAGAGCAAUCUGCUGGCCAGGAAUGACACCACCACAGUGGCCUACGAGCAUGCCAUGAGCCAGGUAAACACCACGGAGCUGUCUCGUCUGCAGCUGAGCGAGUGCAGCCUGGCCCACGAGCUGGACAAUGCCGCCGAGGGCACGGGCUUGGCCUUCAUCGUCUUCACGCAGGCCAUCGUGGAGCUGCCCGGAGCUCCCUUCUGGGCGGUGCUCUUCUUCACCAUGCUGCUCUCGCUGGGCCUGGGCUCUCAGAUCGGCAUCCUGGAGGGCAUGCUCUGUACUCUGUUCGACAUAGACAUUGUCAAGCGGGUUAAGAAACAGCAUGUCACUGGCGUGGUGUGUCUCUUCUGCUUUAUUGUCGGCUUCAUCUUCUGCACAGGUGCCGGCGAGUACUGGCUCAAGAUGUUCGACUCCUUUGCCGGCACUAUUGGCCUGGUGGUGGUGGCCCUUAUGGAGAUGAUAGCGGUGAUCUUCAUCUACGGACAUGAGCGCUUCACCGAGGACAUUUACCAGAUGACGGGCUACCGACCCGGCCGGUACUGGCAGUGGACCUGGAGGUAUAUUGGCCCCGUCAUUAUGGUGUGCAUUCUGGCCUCCUCCAUAAUCUUUAUGGUCAUCAGGAACCCCACUUAUGGAGCUUGGAAUGCCGACUUGGGCAUGAUUGAACAGAAGGACUACCCCAACUGGGUGAUGGGCAUUGCCCUAUCCAUGAUCCUGGCCGGCGUUUUGCCCAUGCCCAUUGUGUUCCUGAUGCGCAGCUUCCAGUGCCUGAAGGUGGACCUGGACAUCCACCAGGGAUCGAUCCGGCGAAACGAAACAACCGCCUCCACCAAGGAGAUGAUCGACAACGAUGACGAUGAGGACGAGGACGACGAGAAUGAUUUUAGCGGUCCGGCGCUGGGCGGCCAUGUGAAGACGCAGAGCGACUUCUCCGACGACGAGGAGGAGGACAAGCCCAUGACCAUGCGGAUGAUGAUGAUGCGUCCGACGACGACCGCCAAGACAGCGAAUGUGCUGAAUGUGCCAACCAGCAGAAGGCCGAACUUCAAGAAGGAGGCGUACGAUGUGUAGGGCAGCCGCAGUCCCCCAGGUACAAGAUACAGGUAGAGUCCAGGUGCGAACCGAAAAGAUAUGGCAAGUGAACCCUACUAUAGUUGAGACGACGGGAGCGCAAACACAUUUAUAAAUAUUUACUCUAAGUAUUUUAACAUAAUUUAAAGCUAAACUAAGUGAUUACCGAUUACCAGAAUAAACGACCGGAGGAGCUAAUUGAAUUCGAGUUCGAGUAACUAAAGUUGUUGACUACUGAUCCAAGCCCAAAACUAAACUUAACUAAAUUUAAACAAACUAUGUACGAGUACAAUGAGAAAUUCAUUAACUGACACGGGUUGCUAAGAGUUUAAAUUCGAUUAUGUAGCAUUUAGUUGGAAUGCUUUAAGCUUUACAAUUAGACACUCGAGCACACAAACUGAAAGUAUUUCUGAGUCCACGCCCCCCUCCUGUCCAAAUACCAUUCCUCCAGCCCGAAUUCCUGUCCCGCCCCCAACUCCCACGAAUACACUUCUGCGGCAAACGCUUUAUAGUCGACUUAGCCAGCGCAUUUCCAACGAGUUAAACUCAACAUUUAGUUUUAGUUCUAGUAGAGAUCUGCCGUUAUAAUUUUGACUUCAAGUUGAACUCUCCCGAGUGCGAGUAUAUACAUAUAUGAUGUAAUCUAAACCGAGUUACACACUUUAAUCUUACUUCAAACAGGUUAAGCGCGUUGAGACACCCUAUUAACACUCCGAGUUCUAGUUGAGUUGAACAAAACUACCUAUACUUACUAUAUUGAUUAGACAAAGAUACAUGGAAUGUGUGAUAUUCUAAAUAAUAUCCUCAAAACUUAGGUCUUAAGAGUCUUCAUCAGCCCCAGCCCCAGACCCAGCUCCCAGCUCUUUUCCCCCAUUCAAGAGUAUUUUCCCACACCGACACUGAACUAAGCGAAAUGGAAACAAAAACAAGUAAAUAAACUGCUGUGAAUAGUUUUAGUGGUUGUAAAGUUCUAUCGGAGAAGGGAAACCAUAAAGCGUCUAAUAUUUAACUAGUUAUUAAGCCGCACCCCAUUGUUCGCCCCCCUGAGUUGGCCCCACCAGAAGAUGCGACGACGAGUCCUUGCCACAUUUCCAAAUUCGGUUUCUGCAAAUGGUUUUCACACACUCUCUCACACUCCUCCCCGCAACUCUCUCUCUCAUUUCGGUUAAGGCAAGGCACCACUGAUUUCCGAUUUCCGGUAUCUGAUAUCCGAUAUCUGAUAUCCGAUAUUUGAGAGGCGACAACUGAAUCAAAACACAUGGAAUUUUCAAGUACUCAAAGUCAAUGCAAAGGACAAAGGACGGCAGAACGUCGAAGACAAUAAGACAAUUAUAGGAAAAAUACUUAUGAAACGGCCCCGUCGAGUUUAGAGAGAUUUGUAGUCCCCGACUAGGGAACCUUUCCCCUUGAACCCCUUAUUUUUGGGAGAUAUGCAUGCAUCCGUUUUGUACACCACAGACAGCCGAUAGUUAGCCGAUUUGUACGUACGUUUUAUUGACUGUAACUGUAAAGAAUGAAGGCAUUAGUUCACCUCCAGCAGCAGCCUCAUCCACUCAAGUCCAAGAAUCCUCGCAAUGGCAGACAACGCUACCAAAACCGAAACCGAAACCAAAUACAUAGUACCAAGCCUAAGUGUAUAGUUUACUUGUUUACGCCACUAUAUAUACGAGCAUGAAUCUAUAUAUAUAUAUACACACUACAUAUAAUCUAUAUACCUAGCUCUACCAUAAUUAUGAUAUAUCAAUUAUUGUCGUAGUGCUAAAGCCCAGAGCGAGAUGUGUAAAUUUGAAUGUAUUUAAAAAUAACAGAAACACUGCAAAGAGAAGAAUACUUAUAUGAAACAUUAUUGUACCGUACGCAAGAAAUUAUUAUUAAUAAAGAUAUUUCAAAAUUUAGAGUGUUAAGUUGAAGAAGAGCAAAACGAA